GCACUGAUCCGUUGUCGGGGACUGGGGUGAUCAGUGCCGGGAAGGGUGUGAUACAGAGGAGCUGAUACUCUGAGGCGGUACUGGCGGGUGUGUACAGACUAGAUACUUAUAUACAGACAACACAGUACUUAUAUAGAUCAAAUAGGUACAAUGUCACCCCCGGGAAUCACAAAGACGCCAGAAGAUGAAACGGUUUAAAGAAAAUCAAACAGCUGUCGACAAAAAUUUACCAUCGGAAAUUCAAUAUGAAUGCCAAAAUGGUGAGUUCCCUAUUUAAGAUUGACGGAGACAGUAACAAGCGGAAAACACUCAAUACAAUACGGGUCAUGAAGGGAGCAAUCAGUGUCUCGAAGAGUAAGACGGGAGAGGUCAUUUAUCGGAGCAACAAGCUUGAAAAUGAAGGUCUUCAGCGUCAGAUUAAAAGGUUCGAGAAAGCACGUCUGCAUCUCAACAGUACAUAUGACUCAAAAAAGCGGACAACGCUCAGACGAUGGGCUUUAGUGUUCGAAAAACAGAAAUCCAUGAAUGAAUCUAUUCGAGAAUUUGAUAUGCUACUUUCUCAGGCGAUAGACAAUGUGGAAUCGGAUGACCAAAACGUGCCAAGUGCCGAAAAAAACCGAGACAGUCUUGAACUGAAAUUGGAGGACACAAAACCAGAAAAUGAGGAAGAGGAGGAUAUGACGGAAAAGAAAAGUGAUGAAGAGAAAGCUGCAGAGUUAAUGAGUCGUCGUGGUAUCACACGCUUAAGGCUACAGCCGAUAGGAGUGGGCAAAAACUCUCAGAUCAAGGUCAAAACACCGGAACCGGAAACGCCAGUGAUAGAAGAAGAGUUGUGGCCCCUAGCGGAUACCACAUGGGUGAACAAUUAUAUUCGUGAACAGAAAGUCAAACACGAGUCACUUAUCACAAAAAACAUUCUGAAAAAGAUACGAGAAGGACUUACAUCGAAAAAUCCAUUGUUCAGAUUUCGACUUCGAGCUAACUUUGCUGACGACCCGAAUGUUAGCAUAGAAAUCAUAAAAUCCGCACGAGCCGGUCCUCAGACGGCAAGGUCGGUGAAAACGGCGCCGACCAUGCCGACGCUGCCAACAAGAAAGGAUGUUAUAAAACCGUCGACGACAAUGAACGAUUCGUCACUAAAUCAGCUCCCGCCAAUAAACAUGCUCAGGCGCUCCAAAACCACUUUGUGAGGAUUGCCCAUCACAAUGUUCUGUUUAAGCACGUAUUUUGUCUGUGGAUAAUAGUAAAAACAGUUCGAGGUGACUAAAUGAUGACAGUGAUAACAAUUCGACUUCGCCAUGGUGUAUUUAAACUGCAUGCGUACGUCGGAUCACGAAAGUUCCAUCCUCGUCAUUUGAUUGGAACAUAAAAGAAAUAUAAUCCCUAACUGAGCUUACUACAGAGAUUGAAUUCAAACGUUUAAAUCAAUGACGUCACUUAAAUCGAGAAAAGCGAAAUCAUCAAGUUCGAUCGGCCUAAUAAAUAUUCAUUAGAGUUGUGCGGUGUGAUCUUCUGUGUACAGGGUAAUGAAUCAUCCACCGGAAGUAGUCACGUCAAAGAGACAAUUAAACAGUUCAUAUAUAAUUUUAUUUUGUUUGGAAUGCUACAUUCCUAUAUGUUAUAUUGAAGAUGUUUGUAUAUUUUGUCUGAUUAUUAGUCCUCACUUCAUUACACAGCUAAGUAUGACGUCAAAAUAUGUAGUGUACCACGUAAUUGCGUACAACGCUAUAUAGCGUGUUGAUAAUCUGUCCUGACAGCACAGUUCAGCGGAUGUCAAUGAUGUCCAUGAAUACGGACAUCUGUAUUGAAUUAAAGUCUUCAACAAGACUUAAUUAUUCCUUUGCCAGCGAUUCAUACAGACAUGAUUUGAGUCACGAUGCGAGGAGAACAGUUUUCUUGAGAUUUAAAACUCCGGUGACGUGGUAUGCGACAUUAUACCAUGUUAUGAUGUCGUAUAACAAGGUGAAUAUGAUCAUAUUGUGUUACAAUUAUAAUGAUUGUUACUGAAGUAUAUAUACCACAUUAUUUUCUUUAGGCGUAUAUGAAUACAUUCCCCUGGGAUGACUCUUUUUUUACUUUAUUGUUGAAAUAUAAAUACCUUCGUUCAGCUGUUGUAAUUAGCUAUAGUUUUUAAGGCAGCUAUGCAAUACAACUGAAUUUAGUUUGAUAACGUUACAAUAGAAUUUCUGGCAAAUUCCACUUGCGUAAAUCCCAAGUUGUACCAAUGUGUAUGAAAAGGGAGAAAUGUAAAUAUACGUAUAAAGAUUUAUUAUUGCCCUAGUGAUAUCGGAUGAUUACUUAUUUGUCUUGAGUCAGUUUGUUAGUUGUUAGAUUUGUUUUUAAACAUUCGCUGAGGCACACCUAAAGAGCUUCUACUGCCAACUUGCCAAUGACAAUCGUUAUAACACAACAAACAUAUUAUAUAAGGAUAAAACGGAUUAUUGUUUUAUGUUCAUGCCGGUAUGAACGCAAAUAUGAUGCAAACAUAUAAACCAUGAAGCCUGCCGUUCACUCCUCAUAUUUAUAUUCUAAAUUUUACUUAUUAUUGACCUAAAUAUUCCCUUAUGCUUUCGAUAACGCCGUGUUUAUGUCGCCAGUGCAAACGAGAUUCAUGGAACAGCCCAACGUCAUCAAAAUGUUUGCUUCUAAAGGUUGUCUCGUGUUAUUCGAGGCGAGAGGAGAAGCUUCGAAAUGACACUGAUCCAACUGCGUUCAUAGCCCUAUGAAUGCAAUUACUUAUGAUAACGCCCAUAGAGGAACUUGCAGUGGAAAUGUAAAUAUAUUUGAUUGACCAAUGACAUUCACUGUAACAAAUGGAUUAUAAUACAUCCCACAUGUUUGUUCAUAAAAUAAAAAAUGUGAUAA